CCUAGUCGGUUAUAUAGGUAACAUUUAUAGUCGCUUAGCUUAGUUACUAUUAAGCCUCAGCUUCGACAUGGCCGAAGAGGAAGGCGUCAAGGAGGGCGAUAAGAAAAUCGUGCACAUCUAUCCGCUCGUCAAGCACUCGGAUAUGAAGGAGGAAAUGCGUCACGAGGUCGUCGAGCUGGUCGUUGGCAUGUGCGAGAAAUUCUCUUCCAAUUAUGAGACAUGUGCCCGAAUGAUAAAGGACACCAUGGACAAGAAAUUUGGCAUCUAUUGGCAUGUGGUGGUCGGCGAGGGGUUCGGCUUCGAGGUGUCCUACGAGACUGAGAACAUACUCUAUCUAUUCUUUGGCGGCAAUAUGGCCAUUGUGCUGUGGAAGUGCUCCUAAAUGGAGUGGCUCAAGCAGAGCAACCGACGUACCUAGAAAACUACAAAUAUAAGUGGAAAUUUUUGUAUUCCCUCAAGCAGCAUAUGCCUCCAUAGCAUAUAUUAUAGUUAAUGUUAUGUAUUAAGUUAAACCGAAAUGUAAAUAUGGCCAGUAGUUAGGUGAGCUGCCAUGGCAACUGCAGCAAAAGAGACAACAAAUAU